GGACUUGGAGUGGAAAGUUUAAAACAAAUUGAAAUUUAAAGGAAAUAAGAAGACUAGGAACAAUGUUCUACAGAAUCCUCAUAUUUAAGGCACUAUGCAUAUCGUUAUGUGUUGCGUCCUCCCUGAGCUCCAGCGAGGAGGCCCGGGAGUUCAUUGAGCACGUGCUGAGGGUCCCGAACCCCGAGAAAGUGCUGAACUCGGUGCUUGGCAGACUGCAGAGGAACCGCGGCCAAAACUUCGAGACCAGAAAACUGGUUUCAGCGGAAUCGGAGGAUUGUGACGACCCGUCUGAGGUUCUGCCUGAAUACACGGAGUCACUGGAAUCUAGAGAACGGGAGUCAAGACAACUAUCAGUCCAGAAGCACUACCCGAUUUGCCAUUUGGAGAGAACCAUUCGCAAGCUAAACACGAUCGACUAUGAAUACAGGCCGGCGUACUAUGAGGAGAUCAAGUGCAGUUCCACUAAUGCAGACGAAGUAGGCUCGUACAGUGAGAUUUGCACAAGCCUUGGGUUUUCGUGCGUACAGUGGAAUAAAACAAUACAUUUGACUAGAAGGCCUUACAACAGUGAUUGUUGGGAGACCAAGACCAUGGUAAUACCAGCCGGCUGCGAAUGCAUGUGGCCCCACCACAGACUCGGAGACAUGACGCUGCACCUAUAAGACCUAAAUGAAUAUAUGAUAUAAUUUGUCGCGGCCACUGUAUGAGUACACUCGACUACGUUAACGAUAUACUGAUGUGCUUGUUAUUAAGAACGUUGUUAUUAAAAUCAAUUUCCUAACCAA